GCGGAAGCGGCGGCCAUGCUGCGCGGCCCGGCCCUGCUGCUGCCGCUGCGGCUGCGGCGGGUGGCCCCGGCAGGCCCCGGGCACGGCCGGCACUGCCACCGGCAGCAGGAGCAGGAACAAAGCUCGGGCUCGGGAUCGGGCUCCGGCUCCGGCUCAGACUCGGGCUCCGGCUCCGGCUCAGACUCGGGCUCCGGCUCAGCGCGGCCGCAGCCCCUGGAGCCGUCAUUGCUGCGCUUCCUGGUGUGCCCGCUCUCCAAGCGGCCGCUGAGGUACGAAGAAGCUACGAACGAGCUCAUUAACGAGGAGCUGGGUAUCGCGUACCCCAUCAUCGACGGCAUCCCGAACAUGGUUCCGGAGGCUGCCAGGAGGACGAACAAGAAGCCGCCGGCCGAGGGCUCGGAGCAGCCGUGA